AUGAGAAUCAAAGAUGAGAAAUUAGAAACAUUUCGUUGGCAGUUGAUGAGCAUGGAACUAGAAUCAAAGCGGCUGCAGUCCCAUAUUGAGGGAAUGAAUGAGGAUAUGUCACAUCUCAGACAUGAUAAUAUGAAAUUGGAAGCCUUGUUAUUGGAGAGAGAAGAAGAAUUAACUUCCUUAAAAGAGCAACUAGCAUCACAAUUGAAGGCCCUAAAUUGCCAAAAUACUAAUUUAAAUUGUUCUGUACAUAGUCCAGUAAUAGCCCAUGAGGCCAUUGGCUUUGAAGUUAUCAAUAAGAGAAAACAGAACGAGAGAGAGCAAGAAACAAGGACUCCAAAUUUGGAGGAUUUGUGUCAAGAGGAAGAUGCUGAGAAAGAAGAAGGAAAAUCAUCCUUUAACCAGUCCAAGGAUGUAGGUUUAAUAGCCCAUUCUCCUGAAAAAGAGUUAGAAGAUGAUAAGGAAAUUGCCAAUGAGGGUCCUGUAAAAGAGGGAAGAACAAGUCCAGUGGAUAUUGAUGUUACUGAAAACCUGGCAUCAUCUAGUCAGCCCUUGAAUAAGACAAACAAUUCUCCUUGGAGGAUGGAUCUUCAUGCUCUUCAACAUGAGCAUAAUCUAACUGCGAGUGGUGGACAUUCUAGUACAGCAAGACCAAAGGAAGAAACUAAAGCACUACAAAAAUUCCUAGACGAAACAUUUCAGCUGCAGAGACAUAUAGUUGCAACAGGACAGAAAUGGGUGGAAAUUCAAUCCAAGAUUGCUUUUGGAUUUGUUGGGGUCACUGAAGAAAUAAAUAAGAUUGCCAGCUUUGACAUGAAACGCUUUGCUGAUAGUGUCAGAACUCUCUUUCAGGAAGUUCAAAGGGGCCUUGAGGUUCGGAUAGCUCGAAUUAUUGGAGAUCUUGAGGGGACAUUGACUUGUGAGAGGAUGAUACAUUUAAGGAGGUAG